UAAACAGAGAAGACCAGUUGACCACAAGUGACAUAGGCUGGUGUGCUGGUCUGAGUUAUUCUUAUAUAUUAUGUGACACAAUACGGGCUAUGAGGAGGUGACAGAAACAAAUCUUCAGUGUGUGUGUGUGUACGUGUCAUAAGUGUUGGUAGUUUUAAUUAGACACGCAGAGGAGUAGUGUGAGGGGAUUGAAUUUUUUGUUUUGUGGUCACGUUAACUUCAUAUUCGUCAGAUCUCCCCAACAACCACUUGUAUCAUAGCUGUUGGACGUGAUAAGGUGUUGGAGAAUGUGUCCAGUAGUGCAAUAAUAUUGGAGGAAAUAUUCGAGAGGGAUGCAAAACUCGAGUCCAGAAUGGCUAGAGUCAGCCAUGGGGUCUAGCGUUGUGGUGUGGCCGCCAUGGCCCACUGAGUGGCUGCAGGGUAACCAUAUGGACACAUUAACUGUCCUCGCUACAGAGUACCAGCCGUGGAUCUGUUCCAUCAUUGCAGCCUUGGCUGUUGGCUUGGCUGGCAUCGUGCCUCUUCUCCUAAUUCCCACCGAUCAUGAGAUGAAAACAAAUAGUGGUGGACGGAACUUAUUACAAUUGCUGCUGAGUUUUGCUGUCGGAGGUUUGUUGGGAGAUGUGUUUCUCCACCUACUGCCAGAAGCCUGGAGUAUGGCCUUGGAGGGUGGGGCAGAUACCCAUGAAGCCUUCAUCCAGGUGGGCCUGUGUGUCCUGGCGGGGAUAUUCGUGUUCAUCAUUGUGGAGAUGAUGGCGACUCACAGUGACUCUGGCCCACAGAACAACAACAACAACAACAAAGGAGGCUCAGGGACAACCAAGAAGGAGGUGACUGGUUACCUGAAUCUAAUAGCCAAUGGGAUUGAUAACUUCACCCACGGGCUGGCAGUGGCGGGAUCAUUCAUGGUGUCCUACAAGACUGGUCUACUCACUACUGGUGCAAUUCUAAUACAUGAAGUUCCACAUGAAAUUGGAGAUUUUGCAAUUCUGCUUAAGUCAGGUUUUUCUCGAUGGGAAGCAACGAAGGCCCAGAUUUACACUGCCGGCAUUGGUUUAAUGGGAGCAUUGUUUACGCUCUUCAUUGGUACCUCAGAAGUCCUGGGUGGAGUGCAGGUGUAUAUAUUAGCAUUCACUGCAGGUGGGUUCCUUAACAUAGCACUAGUGACUGUGCUGCCAGAGCUGCUGCAGGAAGAUCGCCCGGCCCAGUCAUGUGCACAGCUUCUCUGUCUUCUGUUUGGAUGCCUCACUAUGGCCUCUGUGGCUGUCUUGUGCUGAGGCAACACCAGACAGAUCUCAUACCAAGGCUGAACUUUACCCAGUCUGAACACUUUUCAUGGGCUCUGUAAAGGAAAAAUCUCUACUUCAAGUAUUCUGUGUAUACUCUGAAUUCCAUACAUUCAGCCUUCACUCUGCAGUGAUUUACUUCUGAACUUUUGUAAGUUAAAAUGUAAAUUAUGUUCCAAUUUAAAACAUGCUAAAUAACUCAUGUUGCAAGACAGACAACUGGAAGUAAGUCUGUUACAAUAUACAGAGUAUUGACCAUUUAUGAUAAAUACUGCUCUUUGUCUUGUGAAUUUUGUCAGUCACUGGACAAAUAAUAACUAAUAUUAAUAGUAAUAGGUAAUGCUUUUUUAGUUACAAUAUUUUUUAUUGUUACAUGGAGGCAUAUAUUUUAUUGUAGCUUAUUAUUAUUACUUUUAUUAUAUUUUUUACUUUUAAGAUUCUACACGUUGAACAAAGGUGAUGACAUUGAUGUAACACACUGUUCCCACACACUUUGACCCCCCCUCACUACAACACACACUCAGCCACUCAUUAUAACUACCCAAUUUUAUUUUUUUAAUCAUUCCUCCCACAUUUAUCGACUGUGAGUGGCUCAUAUUCCUCAACUAUUUUCACAUCCUCACAUUCGUACCAUACCAGCCAGCUUACCCGUUCAUUACCACCCAUAAUCACACUCAUCCUCAAAUCUAAUCUAUACCUACACUCAUGUUCCUUCAUGUACUGAAGGCUCAUCUCCUCAAACCUAGACACACUUACAUUCUACAUUGCUUUCUGGCACAAGUAUUGCAGCUUAAGCUCAUAUAUAUCAUAGAAAUACAGCUUUUAUUCAUGAGAUAAUUUUUCAGCCAUUGAGAAUGUGUGUGUGUGUUAAUUUAAACACUGUUAUCCUCAAUGUAAAUAAUUUAUCCAACAGAAUUUACUGAUUUAUUGGUAACUUGGCUUUACACAAUUUCUAAUUCAUCGUAAUUUCAUUCCCUAAAAAAUUUACUUAAUAGUUUUCACCCUACAACUAGUUUUGGUUGAAUGGGCAUUUUUUUAAUGUCUUAACCAUGUGCUUGAAAAAAGGAAGGUCUAUACAUUUAUUUUAAGCCACAUUGAAGAUACAGUUAGCAUUAGACUAUAUGCAGGUACACUUAAAAUGUACAAACAGGUGAAAGUGUGAGAGGUUGUGAUGUGGUUUGACAAUAUUUGUAUUGUUUUGUACAUAAAUCAACUGAAGGACUUUUUCACUACUGCAAACACUUUCCCUCUAUGGCAAAGGGUGUCUGGAUUAAAGAGCAAUAUAGACUCGUUCGUUCACAUAAAUUCAUUAAAGAUGGAUGAUUAAUACAGUUUAAAUACAUACCCACUGUUAGGUUUUGUUAGCCAGCUGACAGGGGGUGGAGGUAAUAGCCUGUGUGCCUAAGAGCUCACAAAGUUGGUACUGGGUGUUCCCGUUCUUCAUUGUUUCACAUAUUCGUCAUUAAUUUACUGAGGAAGACGUUGCAUUGUCAUCUCGGCCCGCCAGCAGCUAACUUUUUAUUUGUUGUGGUAUUAAAUUCAAGUUUUUCAUAUAUCUUUCCUUAACUUUGAAAUUGUGGCCACAAAGCAUAAUACCUGUUGUGGACAGAGAAAGAAUGAGAAGGAAGUGAAAAGAAGUGGGAAUGGUGACAGCUCCGUGGUUAUUGCUCACCACCAUGGUGUAUUUUCCAAGGUAAGAAUAAAAGUUUGUCUUUUCAUAAUUUUUUAACUUUUUUUAGCAUUUUGUUUGGGGAUUUUUUUAUAGUUUGUAUUUAUAUAAGUACUUCCAUGUCAUGGUUGUGUGAACGUAUUUCAUGGGAAACUAGCUAUUCGUCGUUUCACUUUUUGUCGACAAUUAUCGUAACAUAAAACUACCAUGUACAGUGCAGGCUCCCAAAAAUAAUGACCACCCCUUUAUCUAAUUACUUAAUGGGAGAAUAAUAGCGGCUGGUUCUAGGGCCAUUUUAUAUAGUACAGUACCACUCUCCUCGCCCCUCACCCUACCACCAAAAUUGCCCUUAAAUUUAUUCUCCAUUUUAUUUGUAUGUCAAAACUGAUGUUAAAAGCAAAAUAUAUUUGGCAUAUAUGGUAUUUGUUUACACAAUUCAUUACGGGGGCCACAUGAAUUUUUUGUUCAUUUAAUCAAGUGUCUUCCUGCUAUGGUAGAGGGAGUCUGGACAAUUGUUUAAUUCCCGAUUACUAUCAUUCAUCAGCUAGUGGGUUAAUAAUGACGUUAUAAUGUUAUUACUGCUCUUCAACUACUAAGGCCUUUAAGUGUGUAACGAGGAUAGUAAUUACGAGAGAUAAAACUCUACCAGUGUAUUACCUCAACUCCCUGACAGGAUGUUAGUCCACCUGAGGCUCCCAUCACCACCACUUGCAGAUGUAUUCAGUUAUUGCAGAGUGUACGAGGAGGAAAUAAUUAUUCCAUAUCUUGUAAAAAAAAAAAAAAUUUGAAACUAAUACUUCCUUCUUAUGUAUUAUAAUUGCAUGCAUGUAAGAAUGAACUAUAUUUAAAACUAUAAUAUAAUCUCCAAAAACUAAUAUAAUCUUUUAUGUACACAUAAAUAAUUUGCUACUGUUUAAUUGGUCAAACACAGUAACAAAUCUCAAAGUUCCUAAAAAAAAACGAUAUUCAAUUUUACCUUUAAAAUGCUCCAUGUACUGUACAGAGCUUCCAGUAACAGCCUUGGGCUCUUGUCAACCUUUAUCUUCUAUUAACUAUAGUAUACACAUUUUCAUUUAUUACUGUGCUACAGUGUACAUCAAGUACUGUAUAAUAAACUAAGCUGUAGAUUGAUCCUGAGAUCCUAUAUUAUACUCUGUAAUCAAGUCAGGAUCAGCAACUGCAUAUACCCAACAAGUCUAAAUGAUUGAAUCUCCAGGGACCAAACGUGUGUGUUUAGGUUCUUAAGAUUUAAUAAAUAAAUUAGAAUACCGUAUCUUCUACCAUGAUACUGGAUUCCUAAAUUAAUAUUUGUGGUCUGAGGAUUCAACCUCCUUAACUUAUGGACUAUGGAGCUGCUCGAUCACAAUGUGUGAUUAUAUAUUUCCAACUUUCUCAGCCUUGAUCUUUUUUCAAAUGUGUUAAGUCUUCCUCAAACAUCUCUUCUGCCUGCAGUGAAGAAGUUAAUGUUGUUAUAAGUUGCCUUCCCAUAAUUUCAUAUAUAAAACAAAACUUGCUGGUAUAAUGUAUGUAGUAAAAGCCUGCCACUGUACAUUCAGUAAUCUAAAGUCAGCCCAUAUCUUCAAGUUGUAAUUUUAUGGAUUACUGUACUAUACAAAUCCCCCAAAUGCGUGUCUCUGAAAAAUUUCUUAAUUGGACAAGCGGAUUAAAAUCUGAAGCGAAACCUUUUGAGUUAUGUGGUCUUCCUAUACUAUCAGCUGCAAUAUUGUUUGUGUUACCGAUACCUGUAUAAGAUUUGUAACUCGUGCGGGGCCCUUGUCCAGUAAAUAGCAGUUGCAGUAUAAAUCUGUAACUUUCUUGUAACAUCGUGUUUUAAUUCUUGUUCAGGUAAAAAUGCACAGUACAGUAAUUUCAAUAAGGUCUGAAUAUAAGGAAGUAUGUGUUGGUAUUUGUACUUGUUUUAGCCCUUCCUGGUCACUGUCUACAACACACGGCCCUUCUGUGUCCUCCCUGUCCUGGAGGUUUCUGUACACUAUGAUCCAAUCCAUAUAAUAUUUUUAAUCCUUUCAUGCUUAAAAUUGUAAAUUGAAAAAUAUGUAUGAAAGAAAUACAGAUGAUUUGUGUUUACCACAUGAAAUAUGCAACAAAAAAUAGUACCACAAUACUGUAUAGUAAAUGUUGAUACUUGCCACAAGUAUAUGUUACGGUAGCAGGUAUGGUCCUCUAGCUGCUAAAAACUGGCAUAACUAAUGAAUCAGGGUUUAUGUGAUGCUUUGCACUUAUAUACUGUGUACUGUACUGUCAAUUAAAAAAACUAUCCAUACAAAAUUGUAUUUAAAAAAAUGAUACAAUGGAUUUUGGCAACCCUACUGAGACAACAAGAGGUGCAGUGUUCAUCAUGAAAUUCACCUCCCCCCCCAAAGUAGAUAGUUUUUUGAAUGACUUUACAUGUAACACAGUUAAUAGGUAAAGUAAAUAUGAUAAAUAACUAAAAAUAAAUAAACUGCUUAGUGUAAGUAUUAAGAUUUUUGUGAACUAAAGUGAAGACUGAAUUGUAUUAAGUGUUAAUAACAUACUUGUAUCUUGUAGGGUAACACCUCAUGAUGCACAAGUGAAAUUCUAUUUUUAUAGUUUGAGUAUAGUUUUAUAAGUUCCCAAAAUGUUCAAUUCCCUUCUUAAUGUGCUUGUCAUUUUAAUAUACUAUACAGGUAAUUACUGGACAAACAUUGACACUAUCUUUUGAGGGGAGAGAUGGUGAGCACAAAAAUAUUUGUUGGUGUGUGUGUAUGAGGACAUGCAUGCGUCCGUGCAUCACCUGUGUGCAAACAGAGGUGACAUGACUCAGAAACAAAUACAAAACAGUUUUAUUUUCAUUAUUUGGGUUUUUUAAAGAAAAUAAAAAGUUUUAAUGAACUUUUGAGGUUUGUUGCAGCUAUUUCCCCCCUUUUAGUCUGAGACAAAGUCAGAUUAACAUGGACUUAACAUCAUCUGAAAGUUUGGUUGAAUGUUGUAUCACCAUACCAGGAAUCUUUCAUUAGCUAUGUUGUUGAAGAGAAUUUACCCCAUUGUGGGUUAAACCGUAUUGUUUUAGAUAACUUCUGUCUGUCUUCAGCUGCAUCAAUCGGCUCUACACACACCAGUCCUGACUGACACACUGGAAGAACUGUUUGAUUCAGUUACUGACCAACUCUAAUCACCUUCAUUAUUUUUAUGAACUGCACAAGUUUUCAAAUGUUUAAGGUAAUGAUGUGAAAGUGAUAAACUUCCAAAGGAGCUCAGUCUACUCCACUCCUUCCACUAUACGAGGUUGAUGUCUUUAUACAAGCUUUAUAUAUUAAUAUUAGUACAGUAUACUGAUAUUACUGUAUAUAUACAGUACAGUAUAAAUAUUCCUCACCUGUAACCACUACUUUGUGCUAUUACUAUUAUUUUAUUUUGCAUUUAUAUAAGGUUGUAAUUGGAACUGAUUUGAUGGGAAAAAUACAAACAUGGGGCAACAAGUCUGUGGUUAGCUAUCAAUUUAAACAGAAUUUUGCACUCAGGUUCUCACAUAUGGUUAUGUAUUCUAUCAAGACAAACUCAUACAACUAAUAUGUAAACACGUAUAUUAGUUCUAUGAAAAAAAAACCCAAAUCACAUCAUGUGUACAACAGCAUGUGCUUCCAUACCUGUACACGUGAACAUUUCAACUUAAAAGAAUACUUAUCUAUUAUGAAAUCACUUGAAAGGAUCUAGAAUAAUGGAAUACUGUACAUGAUCACAUAAAAAGUUUUAAUGGAUUUUAUAUCUGCUUUCAUCUUGGAGUGAAUAGCUUGCAGACAUGAUACUUUGCCCUUGACUAAAGACUCGGAAACAAUGCUAUAAAUCUCUCACAUAAAGCCAGUGAUUUUCCUGAUUCAGAGUAGGUGGAGUGUGGAAGAGACUUAUGAUUCACAUGGAAAUAUGAGUCGUAUUAUGAGUAUUACAGUAUGUUGAAAUGUUAUGACCCUGAGAUUUCUGCUAAUUUUUGCUAUUUACACUUCUGUGACUACUGUAUGUAUUUGUACCCACAUUUAAAAAUACAGUAUAUCCAUAUGUAAUGUUAAAAUCAUUGUCAGAAAAUUCAGUUUCAUUACUUUUAAUCAUACCUUAGUUAUUUCCUUGAGGUGUUCAUAAAGGCACUAAUUUAAGAGUAGCUUUUAAACCCAACUUAUUCUGGUUUAAGAGAAAUGUACUAGCAUUUCAUGUCAUUGUUUGACGACUUCUUGUAAGUACAGGUAGUCAUUCUGUGUGUCUUUAUAAUGUAAGUAGUACUGUAAUCUUUAAAGGUAAAAAUGGCAAAGUAUUGUUACAAAAUUUAAGCUGUCUAACCCUCCCCUUAUUUUAUAAAAGAUUGAGCAAUUUAUUAUUAUUUGGUCUGUGCUGUAGUUUUGCGGGGAUCCACGUAGGGUCAAUCUAUAUUUUUACAUAAAUAUACCAAAACUUAUUUCUUUACAUGUGGUACAGUAAUUUACCUUCAGCAUAGUGCACUGUAUCAUGUUUCUAGUACAGUACAAGUAACUCCUAUAAGAAAUUUUUGAUCAAGUUCACAGUCUCACUGACUUGGUAUGUAAUGCAGUUUUAGAAAUUUUACUAUUGAAGUGUAAAGGCCACAUUCUUUAGAUACAGUGCAAGUUUAGUAUUAGGUAUAUACAGUACAGUGCUGUGCUGUCUUUUUAUAAACUUGUGUAUUAUGUGUUGGCAUCAGUCUGUCUAUCCAUCUGUCAAAUAUUGGCUUCACUUAAUUAUCUUUCACUUUGUUUUAGUAUUUUUAAAUACAGUAUAUAAAACGUCACUUAAAUAAAAAUACAGAUCUACUUCAUUUUUAACAAUUCCAGCUUGUACUGUACAGUUUCAUGGUUGCAGGUGAAAUGUGCUGUAUUAUUAUACAGUACCGGGUAUUUGUACAUGUUAAUGUUGGUCGGUCAACUCACUGAGGGCAAGAAUCUGCAUGCUUAGAGGGCAUCGUUCUCACUCAUUAGGUUUUACUUGGUUUAACUUUAUCUUGGUGCACUGUGCUACGUGUGCAGUAAAGACUGAGUCUUCGAACAAAUACUGCGGUCGGAUGCCUUUGGGUGUUCCCAUUGGGUAUGAUUUUAUUAAAUCUCUUAACAGGCAUUGAUGCACACUACUUUACAGUCAUUACUUUGUGUUUGGUUUAUUGUCCAAGAAGUUAUAUUUUAAGAGCCUACAUACAAUAUAGUAUACUUUGAAACAUUUAUUUUUGAUGCUGCAGAAAGUAAUUUAAGAAAUGGAUCUUACAACUGGAAUCUUUGGUGCAGUCAUAUUUAUAAUACUUAAAUAUUAAUAUGUAUUAUAUAAUUAUUUAUAGUUCAUAGGCAUCUCUUUAUGUAAUUCACACUAAAGAUAUUUAUAAAUAGCUUUGCAAUCUGUUAUGCACAAUAUUGAGUAUCAUGACAAGUUUAAUUGUGAGAAGCUCUUUUAAAAUUAAACCAAAAUCAAAGAUAUAUAUAUAUAUAUAUAUAUAUAUAUAUAUAUAUAUAUAUAUAUAUAUAUAUAUAUAUAUAUAUAUAUAUAUAUAUAUAUAUAUAUAUAUAUAUAUAUAUAUAUAUAUAUAUAUAUAUUGAAUCCAGUAUUUAUAAGUAAAUUUAGUCUUGAAUCCAUCAUUCAUAAGCACCUUUAUAUUUGUAUGUUGGUGAGUUAGAAUAAUAAGUUUAGUUCAUGGGUGUUUAAUGUACAGUAUCCAGCAAUUCUGAAGUGAGAUUAUAAUGUUAAGUGUCGUGUUCAGGGCCUUCAUUUCAGAUGGUAAAUGUCACGACAAAAUAAUACCUGUAUCCUCUCGGGACAAGAACUAAGCACAGUACUGUAUAGGCUGUGCUGGGUUAAGUUCUGGCUGGGGAACAUUUUGGUUUUAUUAAUACACACAGACAAUGUGUAUCUAUUUGUAAAAUACCAUAAGUUAUUGUCUUAAGAGUUAAUUUCCAGUCUGUCUAAUCUUUUUAAAUUAUUCAUGGCAGAAAGUUAAAUGAAAGCCACAAAGAUUGUUAUAAUUGCUUAAUGAGAUUUAUUCAUUAACCCUUAAACUGUUGUCGACGUCCAUAGACUCGCUCAUUUCCAGCCGAGAUAUUUAAAUGUGUAUAGUGUACCUUUUUUUUUGUAUAAGUUAGGGAACAUGUGAGCAGCAUCCUGAGUAGGCCUUUGUCAGGUAUGAAGUGGAACUUCUAUGUCACAGUUUAGCAGGUGAUAAGAGGGAGGCAAGUGAUUCCCUGACCAUUAUUGCCCAAGUAUGAAAAAUUACUGUAAAAUGGUGAUGAUGGAAUUGUGCAUGGAUAAAAACAUCCACCAGUUAAGUUGUAUGGUAAGUAAAGAUUUUUUCUCCAUAUUCUGUUAUUCUGCAUGAAUGCCUGUAAUUCCAUUUGAAUUUUUUUAAAAGAAUUGAUAAAAACACAGAUCAGCCAAUUUUUCCAUGGCCACAGUUUAAGGGUUAAAACUUUAAUAAACUAUGUAGAUAAUCUAAAUUUUAAAUUAGUAAAUGAUAAGUAAUAUGUAACCUUUAUUAGUUCUCCUCCACUGAGUAGAGAGCUGAUGUAAUAUGGCCAUCAUCAUCAUUGGGUCAGGUUAAGGUUUACUUUCAUAUCCACAGUGGCAUAGAUGAGUUUUAUAACAGGUGGCUACAACGAUUCUGAUAGUGCUUUAACCUAACCUGCACAAUAUAUAUGUAACAAAAGACUUGUAUAAGAGUUUUAGUAAAUUGGUUGGUUGUGGCAAAUUGUGACCUAACUAUACUAUAUCUGAACUCUUCCCUGGGAUGCUGCCCUUUUGUUCCAGAUUAUAGGGAAGGCAUCUAAUAGUUAUGAUAAAUCAAUGAGGUACCUUUUUGUAUUUUAACAGGGUAUUGGAACUACACUAUACAGAGGCGUGUACUCUGGCAGUAUUUGUGACCAGUGCUCACACAAUACUGUAUACUGUCUUUGGUUUGACUUUAUUCAUAUGAAUAUUAGAACAAAUUUUAUCACUAUAUUAUAGCCCACUUUUUUAUUGAACAUGUUUUUUUCCCUGACAUGUAAAUAAUGUAUGUUUCAUAUGAAAAAAAUAUAAUAUUCUCUAUGA